ACUCCUUCAGUAGUCACAGAAUUUAAAAAGCAAAAGUUUUCUCCACUCGCACUGUUGAUGUUGGAUGUUGUUUAAAGUUGGCAGAUUUUGGAUGCACUUGUUGCCGUCUUUUCAAACCCUGGUCAAUUUCUCGUGGUUGACGGCUAACGCAUUACAAUGUCAUCUAGAUUCUGUGCAGGUGCACUCAUAUUAGAAGACGGAACAGUAUACAAUGGAGUUUUGUCAGGAGCUAAAAUUCCUCAGUCUGGAGAGGUGGUUUUUCAAACAGGGAUGGUGGGUUAUGUAGAGUCUUUGACCGAUCCAUCAUAUCAUGCCCAAUUACUGGUACUUACCUACCCUUCAAUUGGUAAUUAUGGUGUUCCAUCGCAUGAGGAAGUUGAUGAAUACCAUUUACCCAAGUGGUUUGAAUCUGGCCGAAUACAUGCCCGGGGGAUUGUCGUUUCUGAUAUUUGUGAAGAAUUUUCCCACUUUGCGGCUGUUAAGUCGCUUAGUCAGUGGUUAUGCGAAAACGGUGUUACAUGUAUAAGCAGCAUCGAUACAAGAUCCUUAACCCUAAAACUCAGACAACAUGGUACCCUUCUUGGGAAAAUUGUCCCUCUCUCAACUGAUCCUGAAUCUGUUGAUUGGUUUGAUCCUUCUCAACAUAAUUUGGUCUCGAAAGUAAGCCGAGACAGUGUAGAGGUUUUCAACGUGAAUGGUGAUGUCCACAUAGCUGCUCUUGACUGUGGGAUGAAGUUAAACCAGAUUCGUUGCUUUGUUAAAAGGGGUGCAAAGGUUACAGUUUUACCCUGGUCAACUGAUUUGUCGAAGACUGGAGAGAGUUAUGACGCACUAUUUAUCAGCAACGGUCCUGGAGAUCCUAUUCAAUGUAAAGGUGUUGUUAAUCAAAUCCGAAAGUGGAUGACUACGAAAAAGCCAUUGUUUGGUAUUUGCUUGGGUCAUCAGUUAGUUGCUCUAGCCUCUGGUUUCGAAACAUACAAAAUGAAGUAUGGUAAUAGAGGUCAUAACCAACCUUGUAUUCACUUACCUACAGGACGCUGUUUUAUAACUAGUCAGAAUCAUGGAUAUGCAGUUGAUACUAAUAGCGUUCCAGAGGGUUGGUACGAACUGUUCCAAAACAAAAAUGAUCACUCAAAUGAGGGUCUUGCUCAUCAUCACUAUCCAUGGCUGACGGUUCAGUUUCACCCCGAACAUAUGGCCGGACCAACUGACUUGGAAUUUCUGUUCGACGUUUUCAUUAGUCAUGUCAGGUCGCCUGAUGGGCAGAGUCUUAGCGACCGUUUAACAAAACAUAUAAGUUAUGAACAGGAAGCAUUCGAAAAAGUGCUCUGCAAUAAAGACAACAAACCAAGAAAGGUUCUCCUUCUUGGUUCCGGUGGUUUAUCAAUUGGUCAGGCUGGAGAAUUUGAUUAUUCUGGUAGUCAGGCCCUCAAAGCUCUUCGAGAAGAGGGAGUUCAGACGCUGCUGGUGAAUCCAAAUAUCGCUACUGUGCAAACUACCGAGGGAAUGGCUGAUAAGAUAUUUCUUCUUCCUGUUGCACCGGACGCUGUUGCUCGUAUCAUAAAAGCUGAACGGCCUGAUGGACUUUUAAUUGGUUUCGGUGGCCAAACUAGUCUUACAUGUGGUCUUGCUCUAACGAAAACGAGUCCAAGUUUUUUAAUCCCAGACCUGAAAGAUGAACAUUCAAAGGCUGAAAAUGUUUUGGACUUAUAUAAUUGUCGAAUCUUGGGUACUUCUACAUCUGCGGUUGAAAUAACUGAAGACAGAGAAUUAUUUGCAUCAGCGAUGCGAGCUAUAGGCGAAAAAGUGGCCCCAGCAAAUGCAGCAACCUCAGUACAGGAUGCUGUCAUGGUGGGCAAUGAUCUUGGUUACCCAGUUCUUGUACGAGCAGCCUUUACAUUAGGUGGUAUGGGAUCUGGAUUUGCUGAAAAUGAGACGGAACUCGAACGAUUAGCCACAAGAGCUUUGGCACAAACGACUCAAAUUUUCAUCGAUAAAUCUUUAAAGGGGUGGAAAGAAAUUGAGUACGAGGUUAUACGUGAUGCCUACGACAAUUGUAUCACAGUUUGUAAUAUGGAGAAUGUUGAUCCAGUGGGCAUUCAUACUGGAGAAUCUAUUGUUGUUUCACCAAGUCAAACACUCUCAAAUGUUGAAUAUUAUAUGUUGCGAUCUGUUGCGAUCAAGGUCGCUCGUCAUCUACGGAUUGUUGGUGAAUGCAAUAUUCAAUUUGCACUGGACCCACAUUCUCUGAAUUACUACAUUAUUGAAGUGAACGCUCGUCUUUCUAGAAGUUCUGCACUUGCCAGCAAAGCUACAGGUUAUCCUUUAGCCUAUGUAGCUGCUAAACUAAGUUUGGGAAUGAGUCUACCUGAACUUACGAAUAUUGUAACUGGUGGUCUUACCACAGCAUGUUUUGAACCAAGUUUAGAUUACUGCGUUAUAAAAAUUCCACGUUGGGAUUUAAGCAAAUUUUCCAGAGUAAGUCGUAAAAUUGGGAGUUCCAUGAAGAGUGUUGGUGAAGUAAUGGCUAUAGCUCGCUGUUUCGAAGAAGCUUUACAAAAAGCUCUUAGAAUGACAAAUGAAAGCAUUCCUGGAUUUGAUGGUCUACUCGAACUUCCUAAUGAUGAUACCCUAUCGGAACCUACCGAUCUUCGGAUUUACACACUAGCUGCUGCUCUUCGUUCUGGGUGGUCAGUUGAUCGUCUCUACGCACUAACAUUCAUAGAUCCGUGGUUUUUAUAUCGAAUGCGUGCCAUUGUCAACUGUGCAAAAGAAUUGGAAUCAUUUCAUGAAGGAGCUUUCGCUAAUGACAUGAAGGUUCUAGAGUCAAUACAGACCACUGUUCCGGAUAAAAGCUCUUUAGAUACUUUAAUUCGGCACACUGAAAAGGUCAUGACUUCGAAACGCCUUGGUUUUAGUGAUAUCCAGUUGGCUCGUGCUUUGCGUUCAACAGCCGUUAUGGUUCGUUUGUUUCGUCGGCACCUGAAUUUAAUCCCAUUGGUUCGUUUAGUCGAUACUGUGGCAGGCGAAUGGCCCGCAUCUACGAAUUACCUGUACACAACUUAUGCAGAUGUCCCACUAGGCAAUAUUCACCAUUUGCUUCAAUCCUUUGUUGACCGUCAAGCUGAAGGUUCAUCAUCACAAAUGGUAGACCUCUUGCUGAAAUGUAUGAAUACAAACAAAAUUCACGACGUUCCAACUGAACCAAAGUCCAGUAUUAUGGUACUGGGAUCUGGAGUAUAUCGUAUUGGCUCCAGUGUCGAGUUCGAUUGGUGUGCGGUAGGUUGCGUCAGAGAACUUCGUCGUUUGGGAUGGAAAACUGUUAUAAUCAACUGUAAUCCUGAGACUGUAUCAACUGACUUCGACAUGUGUGACCGACUAUAUUUUGACGAAUUGUCACUUGAACGUGUCCUGGAUAUAUACGAGUUCGAAUGUCCUAUUGGUGUUAUAGUGAGUAUGGGUGGACAAACACCGAACAAUAUAGCCAUGUCGAUGCAUCGUCUAGGAGUACCUAUUCUUGGCACCAGUGCCGAAUCAAUUGAUAAUGCUGAAAAUCGUUUCAAGUUUUCUCGUUUGUUAGAUUUUAUGGGAAUAUCGCAGCCCAGAUGGAAGGAACUAACUGAUAUAGAUUCAGCUAAAGCUUUCUGUGAUGAGGUUGGUUAUCCGUGUCUUAUUCGACCAAGUUAUGUGUUAUCUGGUGCUGCUAUGAAUGUAGCAAAUGAUCAUGAUCAAUUAAUCACAUACUUGUCUGCUGCAAAAAAUAUUAGUCCAGAACACCCAGUUGUUAUAAGUCAAUUUGUUUUGGAUGCCAAAGAAAUUGAUGUUGAUGCUGUUGCACAGUCAGGUCGUCUUGUGGCUAUGGCUGUCUCUGAGCACGUGGAGAAUGCUGGUGUUCAUUCCGGUGAUGCAACACUUGUCACACCUCCUCAAGACCUGAAUGAGGAAACUCUGAAACUUAUCAAGAAACUAGUUAGAGCUUUGGCAGACGAACUUGAAGUUUCUGGUCCAUUUAAUCUACAACUUCUUGCUAAAGACAAUCGUCUUCAGAUCAUAGAAGCAAACCUAAGGGUUUCUCGUUCCUUUCCUUUUGUAUCGAAAACACUAAAGUAUGACUUUAUUGCAGCUGCUACACGAGCAAUACUUGGGGCAUCGCGUGACUCAAUAUAUCCCCCAAAUGAAGCACAUGGUUUAAAGGUGGAAAGACUAUCCUCCUCUAAAUCUUUUCUUGAGCCAUCUGUUGAUAUUUUGGAAAAUGCUACGGGGUUUGUUGGUGUAAAGGUUCCGGUGUUCUCUUUCGCACGCCUUUUGGGUGCUGAUGUCUUGCUUGGUGUUGAAAUGGUCAGUACUGGUGAAGUGGCAUGUUUUGGUGUUGAUCGCUAUGAAGCCUACCUGCUAGCACAAGCUGCUGCAUUAUGCAACACAAAUGGUCGUCUACCGAAACCAGGCGACAAUAUAUUCUUGUCUAUAGGCAGUUACCGUCACAAGUUGGAAAUGCUAUCAAGUGUCAAGCAGUUAUACCACUUAGGAUAUAAAUUAUAUGGAAGUUUUGGCACGGCUGACUUCUACCAAACUCAAGGCAUUUCGAUUGUUCCCGUUGAGUGGCCUUACGAAGAAUCAGACUUCAACUCUUCUGACAAUAAAGUUCAAAAUACCGUGGAAAUCAACUCAAAAGAAGGUACAAUGCAGCAGUAUCUUAAGGAUAAACUAUUCUCCUUGAUUAUUAGUUUAUCAUUGCGAAAGAUGGGAUCUCGACGUCCUUCUGCUUUCUUUACUCGAGGUUACCAAACAAGACGCCUUGCUAUUGAUACAAAUGUUCCUCUUCUUACCGAUGUAAAACUGGCAAAGCUGCUUGCUGAAGCCCUUUAUCGCUUUUUCCGUGGACAACGGGUGGAGCGAACAACAGCCCAGUCUGAGAAUAAUGAAUACAAUUCGCAUAGACAGUCAUUCUUACACCGUUUACUUCCUCUACAUUCAAUAACUUCAAGUCAAAUAAUUUAUUUACCAGGGUUAAUCGAUGUUCACGUUCACACCAGAGAUCCUGGAAUGGAGUACAAAGAGGACUGGACAUCUGUCACUAAAGCUGCUCUUGCCGGUGGUAUAGUGACUAUUUUAGCUAUGCCAAAUACAAAUCCAGCGGCAGUUGAUGAAGCCAGUUUUAAUAUAGUGAGUGAGCAUGCGGCGUCUAGAGCGUGUUGUGAUUAUGGUCUUUUUGUUGGUGCAUCAUCUGAAAAUGCUUUUACAAUAAACUCUCUUUCUCGUAAAGCUAUUGGACUCAAGAUGUAUCUGAAUGAAACAUUUACUUGCUUGUCACUAGCUAACAAACUAAAUAUUUGGCGUCAGCAUUUCGAAAAUUGGCCAACGGAUCGUCCAAUUUGUUGUCAUGCCGAAGGAGAAACUGUUGCAGCUGUGAUUUUGUUAGCUGAACUCACUGGUCGUAGUGUGCAUAUUUGUCAUGUUGCACGUAGAGCUGAAAUUGAAUUAAUCCGUGAUGCUAAACGACGUGGUUUAAAAGUUACCUGUGAAGUCUGUCCACAUCAUUUAUUUCUAACUGUAGAUGAUUUACCUCAAAAGGGAGGUUGGAGCGAGGUCCGUCCCCGUCUUGGUACGAGAGAUGAUGUUAAUGCCCUCUGGUCCAAUAUGCACGUAAUUGAUUGCUUUGCAACUGAUCAUGCUCCACAUACCGUUGAUGAGAAGGGUAAAGACUCAGGAGCACCCCCUGGGUUUCCUGGUUUGGAAACUAUGUUACCACUAUUAUUGACUGCUAUGUAUAAUGGUCGGCUUACACUCUCUGAAAUAAUUGAGCGACUGUAUAUAAAUCCGUGCAAGAUAUUCGGAAUUCCAACUGCGCAUACGUUAUAUGAAGCUGUAGAUUCAGUCAGUCGAGGAAUAUACGGAGAGACAUGGAUCGAAGUGGACAUGAGUGCUGAAUGGUGCAUUCCUGGAGAUGCUUGGAGAUCUGGGUCUGAAACUCCUGCGAAAUUCUUUACUCGAGCCAAUUGGAGUCCUUUUGCAGGCCGAGUUGUUCGUGGUCAAGUUCGUCGUGUUAUGCUCCGAGGACAGCUGGCAUUCGUUGAUGGACGUGUCUUAGUAGGACCUGGUUUUGGGAAAGAUGUAUCAUCAGACUUGUCGUCGUGCAAAAAUUCUUUAGAUUCUUUAACAGUUGACACAUCUUUAAAGCAUAUGCCUACUGCAGCUGGUUCUCCUACAAUUAGAAAACGACUCAAUUCAAUGGGUGAACGAGUUCAGGUAUCUCAAGAUGAACCUAAUACUCCAGUUCCAAUGGCAGUUCAGAAUGAUGAUGGGCCUCGAAGCCCAGUUAACAUACAUCAACCUCAAACCUCUGGCCUGAUUAUGACCUCUCAAAUACCUCCGAUUCAUCAAACUACACCUAGUAUGUGGUUAGACGGUCUAUCUGGAAAACACAUAAUUUCAUCUAUGGAUUUCUCAAGAGAGCAUCUUCGCAAGCUAUACAAUCUGGCACAUAGUUUCAAACUUGCACUGAACAAAAACAAACCACUUGAACAGAUAUGUCGAGGAAAAGUGAUGGGCAACUUGUUUUUUGAGCCUAGUACGCGCACUGCAAACUCAUUUGCCGUAGCUAUGCAGAGACUUGGGGGUACUGUAGUACAUUUUUCAGAAUCUGAAAGCUCUCAGAUGAAAGGUGAAAGUCUCUUGGAUACUGUACGCGUGUUAGCCGGUUAUUGCGAUUGCCUGGUAAUAAGACAUCCAGGAAAAGGUACAAUACAGAGUGUCGCGAAUUCAAUACUUCACACACCAAUCAUAAAUGCAGGUGACGGAAUAGGUGAACAUCCGACUCAAGCAUUGUUGGAUGUAUACACUAUAAGAGAAGAGAUAGGAACAGUAAAUGGUCUUACCAUCACUAUGGUCGGAGAUCUUGCUCAUGGACGUACAGUGCACAGUUUAGCUCGGUUACUGUGUUUGUAUAAAGUUAAGCUACGUUAUGUCACACAUAGAGAAAAUUUUAAAAUGCCGCCAGAAGUUAGAGCUUAUGUUGCAGAACGUGGUAUUCCUCAGGAAGAAAUGACCAGCUUAGAGGAGGCGCUUCCUGAUACCGAUGUUUUGUACAUGACACGUGUGCAAACGGAAAGGAUUCAAAAUGAUGGAGAUGCUAGACGCGAUCAAUUUGUUGUUACACCUGAAGUGAUGGCAUUGGCCAAACCGAAAGGUAUGAUUGUAAUGCAUCCACUUCCUCGGGUUGGAGAAAUUAGCCCAAGAUUCGACUCCGAUCCUCGAGCAGCGUAUUUUCGUCAAGCAGAAUAUGGAAUGCAUGUUCGCAUGGCCCUGUUGGCUAUAGUCCUAGCUAAUCAGAAGUAAAACCACCAACAACUCGUCUAAACUGACUGAAAUUUCCAACAUAUUUUGCUACAAUCAGAAUAUAUUUUAGUAUAGUAAUGAUUGUGUUUUCAAUAAACCCUUUGAUAAUAUCAGCCUUUUCAAUGUAUC